AUGGAUUUCUUCAUUUCUGAUUCUUACUUCUACGAUUUUAAUAUUACAAAAAAGGAUGAAUCAUCUGUGAAAAGCACUGCGCAAAAUGCACAUGUGCUCAUUGAAAUCAACAUUUCUGGAGAACGAUUGGAAGCGGACGAUUCAGAAAUUAAACAAAUCAUCAAAACAGUAAUUUUUGUCAGGACAUGUGAUAAAAUAUCAAUUACUAAUAAACAAACCGUUUUGAGUGACACCUUUUCUGCAGAAGCUUUUUCUAAAGUUGUAGAUGAAAUGUCUGAACCAUCAGCUUCAUCAACGAUACUAAGCGUUUCUACAUUAAGAAUUCCUCUCACUUCAACAGAUAGGGACCAACUGCGUGCAAUGAUAGUCCUGCUAAAUGAAAGCAGCAGCGUUUUGCUCAAAAUUCGUCAGCGGUUCUCGUUGAGAGCGUCUACGCGUUGCGACGUCAUACAUUGUCAAAUUCAGAUGCAGUUACAAGAGCUUUUCGGGGAGUUUCGGAGUAAUGAUGCCGAUAAAUUUAAGGAAAUGAUUCCGCAUAAUCGUGAUGCAUUCCUAUUGAUUUGGGAUCACUUGGCUCAACUCAUCGUCGAUUCUUGCUAUCAUACCUAAAAAUGAGCAAUUUUCCCAGUGGCGCUACUACACCUUCAGGACUAAUGAUUGUAUUUUUGACAGCAACAAGCAACUGUCUGCAUUGUGAUUUUGUACAAUUAUCUCCAGUAUCCAAACAAUUCAACAUUUAA